GUGGAGCCUCUGCUUAAACUUGCAUAGGUUUCCUCCAUUUUGGAUAGUACUUUCAAUUAUUAGAGACAAUUUCUAUUUGCUGGAUUCGAUUGAAUUGGGAUUGAUUUAAGUUACAUACAUGCAGAGUUUGGGUUUUGUUUAUCGAAUGAUUGUAUGGUUAGGUGGAUUUUGGGAAGAGUAGAAUUAGGAGCAUGGUUAUUGAAUUAUUUUUGUGAUGGAUUAUCAUGAUCUUGCAAUUGAUAUGCGAAAAGUAGAUAUGCUUAUGAUUUAUCACUAAUCACUUAUGCUUAUGAUUUAUCUUCUAAAAGUAGCCUACAUGGAGAGAAACAAAAGAUGUAUGCUUUGCGAGCAAUGCAAAAAUACACUGAUGAUUGUACUAUGAUGACCAAAUCAAUCAUAAUAUUUCAAUUGAAGCAUUCUGUCCUCUUCCCAUUAUCCCUUGCUGCAAAUAAAGCCAUCCAAUAACUUCGGUUGCCACGUCUUCUUCCUCCAUAUGAGUCCAAAGCAAGAUAUGAAAAUGAGCAACAUGAUUAAUUAUUGUUAAUGUGUAUAGUUAAUGAAUUGUACUUUACUUUUCAUUUUGACAGGGGAAGUGAGGCACCAUCGGCUUCUCGUCCUAGACGUGGAGGACGCUCUAAGAGUACCAGCAUUCCUGCUCCUUCUCCUGCACCGUCUUCUGAUCCUGCUCCUGCUCCUGCACCGUCUACCGGUACCACCAAUGUACCUCCUGCUCAAACAACAGACGAGGAGACAAUUUCAAGAAAAAGGAAAGAAAAAUCUGACGUUUGGCCACACUUCAAGCGUUUUAAGAAGGAUGGAGUGGACAAAGCAAGAUGCAUUUAUUGCAAUGGUGUUCUUAUGGCUCCCACUAGAUAUGGGACUUCUACUCUGCGGAAUCAUAAAGAUAGUUGUUUGGAAAAGAUACAAAAGGGUGAGCUGAUAGUCGACCAUCUAUCAUCUUCUGGAGGCCAGGUACACACUUUUGGGACUUGGAAAUUCGAUCAGAUUGAUGCUAGGAAAGCUUUAGCGGAGAUGAUUAUCAUAGAUGAAUUACCAUUUAGGUAUGUUGAACAUGAAGGGUUCAAACGGUUUAUGGCCCGUGUUUGUCCAAUGUUUGUGUUACCUAGCCGUUAGACCGUUAGAGAGGAUUGUAUCAAGGUGUUCUUUGAAAAUAGAGAGUUGCUGAAGGACUAUUUCAAGACUAAGUGUUUAGGAAUGGUAUCUCUCACCACUGAUACUUGGACUUCUUUGUCCAAUCUCAAUUAUAUGUGCAUUUCUGCUCAUUUCAUUGGUAGAGAUUGGAAAUUACAUAAAAGAAUUAUUAACUUUGUCCAAGUUACAAAACAUUCUGGAAGUGAAAUUGGAAAACAGUUGGCUAGUUGUUUGGUGGAGUGGGGCAUUAGGAAGGUGUUUUGUAUAACUAUGGACAAUGCUAGUGUCAAUGAUGUGGUUGCUAUCCAUAUGAGGGAACAGUUGAAAGAGUGGGGAUCAGAUAUUUUGGAUGGAAAGUAUCUGCAGAUGAGGUGUGUGGCUCACAUUAUUAAUUUGGCUGUGAAGGAUGGGCUUAAAGAAACUGGUAAAUCUUUGGAGCGAGUGAGAGAGUCUGUGAAGUGGGUUAAAUCUACACCAACUAGGAGUAGAAAAUUCAAAGAUUGCAUUGAGUUUGAAAAGAUAGUGUCGAAGAAAUUUGUUUCGUUGGAUGUAGCUACAAGGUGGAACUCAACGUAUCUGAUGUUGGAAUCUGCAAAGCCAUUUGAGAAAGCAUUUCUGACAUUAGCUAGAAAUGAUAAGAAAUUCAAGAAACAUCUCAAUGAAAAAAAAUAUGGAAAUGAAAGCCUUGGUAUCACAACUUCUUAUGAUUGGUCUAGUGUGGGACGGUUGAUUGAUUACCUGAAGCUAUUCUAUGAUUUGACUGUUCGAGUUUCUGGGACUUCAUAUGUGACUUUACACCUCUUGUUUGAUGAGGUAUGUGAAAUGUAUACUAUGAUAUCUGAGUGGGCUGAUGAUAUAGAUUUUGAGGUGUCUUGCAUGGCUGAGAGAAUCAAGUCCAAACUUACCAAGUAUUGGUUUGAAGAUGAGUUGGAGAAUUCCAAGAUGAAUCGGUUGUGUUAUAUGGCAGUCAUAUUAGAUCCUAGGCGGAAAAUUGAAUAUCUUGAACAAGCUUUGAAAAAGGUGUAUGGUGAGAGCAGGGGUAAAGCUUUGGUCGAAGAGGUGAAAGAUGAAAUGCGUCUUCUGUUUGACCAUUACAAGCAUAGGCUCGGACUUCCUGGCAGUUCUCCCAUUGUGAUUCAGGAAGAUGUGCAAGAACCUAGUGGAAGUGGGGAUGGGAAGAAGAAAGGGAAGAUUUGGGGUGAUUUUAGGAAAAUGAAAAGAGAGGCCAUUCUGAAAGGAACUAGAAAAAGUUCCAAAUCUGAGUUUGAUAGGUACCUUGAGGAGGAGGAGGAGGAUGAUGAAGUGGUUACACGAGCAUUGGUGGGUUCAGAAGAGGAUGAAUACAAGUUUGACAUCUUGGGAUGGUGGUCUCGAAGUGGGAUGAAAUAUCCUACUAUUUCUGAGAUGGCUAGGGAUAUUCUUGUUGUUCCUAUUUCCACUGUUGCUUCUGAGUCUGCAUUCAGUACAGGAGGUCGAGUUUUAGAUUCGUUUAGGACCUCUUUAUCCCCUGAAGUUGUGGAGGCUUUGAUUUGUUGUGAAGACUGGAUAAGAUCUUCAGACUCCGAGUUGGUGGCUGAUGGAGAAGAUGAGGGUGAUGAAGUGGUAUUUCAAAAUGUAUAUGCAGCUUUUCAAGCUUGGAGUGCAAGUGCACCUGCAGGACCUAGUGGAAGCUCUCGUGCAGGACCUAGUGGAAGCACUCCUGCUACCCAUGUUUUGGUCUCGAGUCCUACUAUGUCACAAGUGGAAGAAGACUAUGUCGACAACAAUUCCGAUGAGAAUGAUGAGACUUAUGUAGAUGUAGAGCCUGAUGAGGAGUGAUAAUGGUAGUAGUAUUUAUCUUGUAUGGUGGAUGAAUUUUUAUUUUACUUGAAUGUUAUCAUUUGAGAAUUGUAAAACUAAUGUGUUUAAUUAUGAGUUAAAGAUAAUCUCAUCUAUGAUUGUCGGUAUUUUAUGUUGAACAAAAUUAUUUAUAAUUUUGUGCCAAACACCAAACAUUUUUUUGCAUAUGAUAGUACCUUCAAUUUUGGACCUAUGGUAUUACUAAAACAUUUAAUUAUAUGAAAAUCCACAAUUAAAUGGCCCAAAAGGUUGUAUUACUUACAUAGCAAUACAUAAAAUUAUAAUAGUAUGUCUAUAGUUAUAGAAUACAUAAAAUUAAAUAUUUUAAUAAUUAACUAAUAAGAAUAAAAUUGUUUGUGCAAACAAAAGAAUGUACAAAUAAUAAGAAUAAUAUUUUAAUAAUUAACUAAUAAGAAUAAAAUAGUAUGUUUUAUGUUUAAGAAUGUACAAAUAAUAAGAAUAAAAUUGUUUGUACAAACAAAAGAAUAUAAAAUUCAAAUUACAAAAGUAUUAAAAAAAAUCAAAUCGGUUCGGUUUCGGGUUCACCCGAACCAAAACCACCAGUACAUUUUUCGGGUUCCUGUACCCGCAACCCGUCAAACACAGGUUCGGUUUCGGUUUCGGGUUUUCUGUUUUUUGCGGUUUUCGGGUUCGGUUACCCGACCCGAACCGAACCAACAGCCCUAAUUGCAGUAGGGGUCGUCUUCAUCAAGCCACUUUGGAUUCAUAAUGUUGCUUUCUAUUCUACUCAAGUUAUUAAUAACUUCACUUAGGUCAAGUCAUUAAUUACGUUGGUGUGGGCCUGGGUUUUGCACAUGGACAGUUUUAGUAUGGUGGUCCAUCGUUGGGCAGUGGAAAGUGAGUUUUAGUACCAAGAUCAAGCACUCCCAGCCACUACUUGUUCACUUUUAUCGGUUUUCAACCAUCCAGGUAAAGAGGUAUUCACGUUCCAUAAAAUGUUCGUCUCCCUGGCGUUCAAGAGGUAGUACGAUCAGAGAAGUCAUCGUCACUUCAUCGUCCAGUUGGCAUUCACAAUCCAAUAAAUGAUCAUCUCCUCUUCCGGUUCAUUAUUGGGCCAUAUCAACCAUUCGUCACUUUUCAAGAUGGAGCAUGAACAUAUGGGCCAUAUCAACCAUUCAUCGCUUUUCAAGCUGGGCAUUCACGAUGUUCAUGCUCCAGCUUGAGGGGGAGAAUAAGAGGUCAACAUACGUCGGUCGACUAACUUAGUCAUCAGGCCGAACGCGAUGUACCUAGUGUGUUCAAGUUCAAGACAUCAUGCUUGUUCUUCAUAUUUCCUUCUUCAAGCUCGACAUUCUAGUCAUUCAUGUCUUCGCUUCAGGGGGAGUGUUGCGGUUAAUUAAACUGUGUGAUUCGUGGGCCUUGUUGGGCGUUGUCCUAGUCGUGGCAUUGGGUUUUAACCCUAAGUUUAUUUAUAUAAGCUUAGCUAUCGACUGGUGUGAUAGCAAGCCAUCACAAUGUAGUCCCUAAUAAAAUAUCAGUCGUGAGCUCGUUCCGAGCUCACCGUGGAUUAGUCUCGAUCAAUCAAUCGAUCGAGGAUACCACGUAAAAUCUUGUGUUUUGUGUUCAGUUCCUUCCGCAUCAUCAAAUUCUACAUGUAGGAAUCGUGCAAUAGUGGCUUCACGAUCCUCCUCUAGAUUCGCUCUAAUCAUCAGCAUCCCCAUCUCUUUAUAAUAAUCUUCUAUGCUCUUGGUACCAAGUCACAGAAGUUGUAGGGCUUGAUGCAUCUCCCAAUGAUGAUAGCUAGGGACAAAUCAAUCUCGCAUAAUGCUCCUCAUCUCUGCCCAUAUCUCAACAGGAGGCUGCCUAUUAUUCCUCCUUCUCGUACAGAUUUGAUCCCACCAUAUGACAGCAUAAUUUGAGAACUCAAGUGUUGCCGCUUGAACCUUCUUUCUAUCGGAGUAGUUAUUGUAGUUAAGAUCAUCUCCAUCUUUUGUUCCCAAUCAAGAUAGGCCUCGGGA